AUGCUCAGAGGGAUCAAGAAGAAGGCGUCGCUUCUAUCCGGAACGCCGUCGCGGCCCGCCGACCAAGCCAGCGCAUACAAGAAAGUGCUAAAGCAAGUUCAUGAUUUCGAAGUGGCCUUGGAAGCAAUGGAUCUUCUCUUGGACGACCGCAGCGCCGAGGGAACCCGGCUAUUGAAAACCGCACAGAAGUCCCACAGCGAGAGAAGCAAAGAGCCUGCGGCCAUUUUCCCAUUGGCGCUCGGCGUGAUGGAAUUCAUCGAAGCAACGUUGGGUUUCGAAGCCGAGGUCAUGCAAAAAGCCCACUCGACGCUUUCUGCCGCCGAGGAUGCGUCGUUAGCCCACUCCAAGCUCAACCAGAAAAUGCUGUUGGCCACAUCGCACAUCUAUCCGCCGGGCACAGAGUUCCAGGUGACAUACGCCGAGCUGACGCUUCUUAAUGCGCUAGUGAUGCUUUUGCAAGAGAACAACAGCAUGAUGGAGCAAAUGAAGGCCUUGUUGAAGUUGCGCCGCGCGUACCAGAUCUUGGACGCAACCUACAAGCGCAUCAAAGACCUGGAAGGCUUGUUCAAUCACAACUUGGCCAAGUUCCGCAAACAAGCCAUGUCGUCUUCUGCCAGUGUCAGUUCCGUGGACUUGCCUGGCUACUCUCUUCCGGAAAACGGCCUUCCUGAAGAUCGCCAGCUCAUGGAAAACAUGGAGCGCAUUUACCAGAUGCGGAAGAAACGUGUUGAGGGAACAAACUUGGGCCCCCAUCUGUCGCAGGUAAACCUUUUCCGCGAGAGUACGGCCUCAUUGGCCUCUGUGGGUCAGAUGAAGACAUCGAGUGAGAGAGGAAGCACCAAUGGGAACGGAGCCUAUGGGUCUCCUUAUGGGUCCGUCAGUGGCAACGAAGCGUUCCUCAAGGACGGAACUUCCACAGAAGCAAAUGCCCUUUCUACCACCGUUUCGAACGAAAGCGAUGAUUUCGAGGACGCUACCGAUACGUUUGAGGCGUUACAGAUCGAGUGCUCGGAACAGGAAAAGAACCUCGAGGUGCCAAAAUUGCUGGGAUCCGAUUUCCUGCGGCCCAGCGCUGACUUUGCCGAGUCGUUCUUGUCCAAUGCAUCUAGUACUUCGCUCGCAUCAAAAGACCACUUGCAUGUUUCUACUAUUGACGAAUUCAUCCACUCUGGUGUGCAAUUGUGUUUUGGAAUUCUCCAGGUGGUACUUUCGCUCAUCCCACCUACAAUUGGUAAAGUUUUGUCGAUUGUUGGAUUCAAGGGAAACCGUGACAUUGGCCUCCGCAUGCUUUGGCGUACAGCCAUUACGUGUCGGAAUAUUCAUGGCGAGUUGGCGCUCUUGUGUCUCUUGGUCUUCUACGAUGGCCCAAUUCAAUUCAUUGAUGUUGGGUUCCAGCUUCCAGGCCAUGAAGACGAAAAUGUGAGACAGGUGCUUGAUUUAUCGGCACGCUCCACAGUCACAGACAAUGAGCUCAGCACCAUCAUCGCCAAUCCCAACUUAUACACGCCGCAGCUUUUGGCUAAAGCCCGGCUUUUCUUCCCCCACAAUGCCUUGUGGCUUCUUCAAGAAGGGCGUAUGCUUGCAGCUCAGGGAAAAAUCUGUCAGGCCCUUCAGACAAUGCAAUCCUUCACAGACAAUGAGGAAACACAUAUUGGAAUGGAACAAGUUGAGGCGUUGCUCACUUUCGAUCGAGCAUUGUUCUACGCUUUUGUCCACGACUACGAUUCAGCCGCCCGUGACUUCCUCCACAUGAUUGAAAUCAAUUCGUGGCUGCAGGCCGUGUACAUGUUCAUGGCUGGAGCAUGCUUCUUGGAGAAAUGGCGCAUGAUCGAAAAGGGAGAACUUACGUUUUCCAGUGAAGGCGAAAAGGAAAAAGUUUUGGCCGAAGCUGCGCACAAGGCAGAAAAGUACUUGAAGCUUGCUCCGACAUACGUGCCCGGCCAUGGCGCCAAUGCAAAGAAGAAAGGAGGUAUUGGCGGAUCCAGCAAACAGAUGCCAUUUGACAAGUUUGUUUUGCGUAAGACAAGCCAUAUCGAAGAGCGGGUGAAGGCCAAUCCAAAUCUUUCAUACAUUGAAUGCGUGGGAACGUCUCUUAUUCACGAGCUCAUCUACUUUUGGAACGCCUACAACAGAAUGCCAGAGCAUGAUUUACAAGUGCUGAUGCGCAUGUUAGACUUUUCUGCGCAAUCAAAAUUUGGCGAGUCUAACGACGAGGCUAUGAUCCGCCAUUUCCUCCAAAGCAUCAUUCUCCGGCAAUUGGGCAAGGUGAAAGAGGGCCAGCAGACACUCGACGAAAAAGUCAUUUCGAAGUAUGUGGUGUCAGACGGGACAAGUGCACCAUUUAAGUUUACAAAAAUGACUUUCUCGCCAUAUUUAUACCCUACAGCCCUCUACGAGCGGGCAAUGUUUUCUUGGAUCGAAACGAAAGAUGGCGAUGCUAAAUUGGCGGUCAAAGAAAGCUUGCGCUGGCUCAAGAAGGCAGAGACAGUUGCAGAUGUGGGCGACUACGAGUUGAGUAAUCGGACAAGUAUGAAAAUCAAGGCGGCAACAGAGCGACUUGAGCUGUUGAAGCCGCUAGCCUAA